AAUGAAAAUUGUAUUUGCUCUCAUUGCAAUUGUUUCUGCCUUUAAUUAUGAUCCAAGUUUAGCUAAUGAAUUAACUGCCUUAUCCUUUGCUGCCUAUUGUCAUCCAGAAGACAUUUUAAGUUGGAAUGUUGGUACUAUAAGUUAAUAAUAUCCUCACUUGAGUAAGAUUUAAAUAUUUGAAAACAUAGAGCUAGUAAUAUAUUUAAUUAUUCAUAGGAAACAAGAGGUUAUAUAGCUUAUAAUUCACAUAGUUAAGCUAUUACUGUUGUUUUCAGAGGUUCUUCAAAUAUAAAGAAUUUCAUAGCUGACAUAGAUGCAAAGAAAAUUGAAUUCAAUAUCAUUUGCAAAUGUUAAGUUCAUGAAGGAUUCUUUGCAGCCUAUACAUCACUUAAAAUUCAUUUAGAUGUGUUACUAGGUGAGUAUAGAAUUAAAUAUCCAUAUGCAAAAUAUCAUGUUACAGGACACUCUUUGGGAGGAGCCAUGGCAACAUUAUUUGCUAGUGAACUAUCUAUGAUGGGAAUUAAAGUAACGCUUGUUACUGUUGGAUCUCCAAGAGUUGGUGAUUCUGAUUUUUAUGAUUGGUUUUCAACUUUAAAAGUUACCCAUUCAAGAUUAACAAAUAAGAAGGAUAUUGCUCCUCAUCUACCACCUGUCAGAUAUGAAUUUGAACAUGUUAAUACUGAAAUUUGGUAUAAGGAUGGAGUAAAUUAUAUAAUUUGCCAGGAAAUAAAGGGAGAAGAUUAAAAAUGUUCAGCCUCUGUUUAUAGUCCAAAUUUGACAGAUCAUUUAACAUAUUUAGGAUGGUCUAGCAAUUCUUGCAAAGAAUAAUUCACAGAAUGAU